AUGUGUAUAAAUGUGUUGUGUUAUCUUGGUGGCAGCGUGCGUGUCUACUUCGCGUUGGCAUUAUUUUCUAGCAUUGCCUUAACAUUGGAGCUCCGCAGGUACUCCUUGAUUCCUAUGCGAGCAAUGGCAAUGUUAGAGAGCCCACGUCGACUUCUGUUCGUUUCCAGUGCACCUGCAUCUGAUUCUGUAACGUCUAAUCAGUUAUUUGCCUCGGAUAGGUUUACGUUUGAUCCAUCGUUGGUCAAGAAGCGUCGUCGUGCUACCCAGGUUAAUCGUGGCAAGAAGGUGAAUAAGCGUCUUGAAAGCGACCAUUCUGUUAUGCAUGGUCUUGCUAAAUUGGGUUAUGACCAACCUAAUAAGGAGGACUUACGUGCUGCCAGUUUACAGGAGUUUGUGAUGCGUAUUGAGCGUCCUCGUGAGCGUAAUCGUUUACCAGCUCCUGCAGAGUCGCAUGAGCGUAUGUAUGAUGCGUUACUGUAUUUGAAAGGUUUGCCUUAUGAGACUACCGAAGAUGAUUUGCGUAGCUGGCUUUCGUCUUACGACAUUGUGUACGUAGUUUUGAUAAAGAACGAGAACGGUUGUUUUACUGGUGAUGCUUAUGUACGUUGCAGUAACAUAUCUGAGCGUGAUCGUCUCCACCGUGAGAUGUCCGGUAAACCUCUUGGGUUGCGUUAUAUUCCCAUGUAUCGUCUGACUGAGUCUGCGUAUUUGGAAUACUACCAUACCGGUUUCCGUCGUGAGCCUGCCAAACGUAACCACAUAUCACCCAAUUUGCUUGUGAUGAAACGUGGUGUGGAUAUACCUGCUACUGACAUCAGUGUUUUGAAAACGGGUUCUCGUGUCUGUGGUGUGGUUACUCACAUCUACCGGAACGGUUUGUUGUUAGACUGUGGUAUUUCCGAGCACUUGGGAGGUUACCGAGAGCGUGUGUUUUGUGUUUUGAUGCGUAACCGUAUAGCGCGUAAUAUCGGUAUUGCGGGUCAACAGCGUGAAUGGUUGCGUCAUAAGGACCUUGUACUAUUUCCUGGUAUAAAGUUGAAUUUGUAUGUUGAGAAGUUGCGUACUACUACUGCUCAAUCUCCUUUUGAUGAGGAUUUAUGGCGAGAGCAUUUUGGUGAUCCUUUUACGUCCUUGAAUGUGAGUGACGGUCGUCCUGAGCGUUCUCUUGUUUAUUUGACAAUGGAUUCCUCUGUGAGCGAUGACAAGGUGGCAUGGUGGGAGCGUCGUUUGGUGGAUUCUUAUGCUCUGUUUACUGUAAACGAUGCAGAAACACCGCAGCGUGUGGGUGAUGAGGAAUUAUUUCAACGUGUUGCUGUUCAACCAUCUUGGUUGGAUGGUCGCCGUAAAGUUGAAGCUAGUAGUUUAUAUGCCGGUAGUAUCCCAGUUGUUGGUAAUCAAAAGUUGAAGGUUGGAACGUCCAGAUUUGUUCUUGAGCAGGAUGCUGCUGAGCCGCCACCUGCUGAAUCUCCUAUUCCUUACCAUGAGCUUGUUCGUGAGUUUUUGCGGGGUUCUGAUAUUGACAAGCACGGUACCCGUUACCACGGUUUCGAUGAUCCUGGAGGAUAUCGUGAACCUGGCGAUGAGUUGCCUCGGACAAAGAGAUCGUCCAGUUCGGUUACCGAUAGUGGCAUUGGUUCGGCAACAGCCCUUGGUCCAUCGUCAUCUGAUAGUGUCACGUCGAAUAGGUUCUCCGUUACUUCCUCUGAGCCACAACGUGCUGAAGUGUUGGUCGGUAAAGGGCCUGGUAGCGUCAGUGCUGAUAGCUCAUCUGGUGGUUCUCUGGGUGUCGGUAACGUGUUAGAAGAUAUACGUCGUCGUACAAUUUCUGAUGACCUGAAAAUAUUCCCCCGUACUACCCUUUAUGACGAGUGUAUAAAGUUACCUGGUAGCGGUUGGUUAUUACGUCGUUCAGACGUACCGAAAUUGGCCGAAUAUCAGGUCCUAUCACUUUUACGUCUUUUGGGUCAGGAGCCGGUUUCAUCUUCUUGUAACUCUGACUAUGAGAAUCGCAUGUUGCUAUGUCAGGUUAUUAAGGAUAAAGGUCUUGGCACAGGUCUUGAUCCUCGCACGUUGAUUACUAAGGGUUUAUACAAGGUGAACCAAUCUAAAAAGAAGCUUAAGCGUAUUAUUGAGCUUACUAAAUCUUUGACAGGUCGUCGUUUUACAACAUCUGAUCUUGAAUCUGCUUCAAAAUCAGAGCUACAUAUGUUAGCUGAUGAAUCUUUACGUAAAUUUGCAGAUUGGUGUCCUUCUGAUGAGGUUAAGCGUACCUUUAUUGAUAUGUACGGUGUUGAUUUUGGUAUAACAUCUGAUGGCACAGAUUUAUCAGCUAAUUGGGACUUGUUGAAGUGGCGUAUUAUAAUUCACAUUUACGGUGAGCAGAGUGAUUUGAAAUCGAUAAUUGCUGAGAUCGAUAAAAAUGACCUUAUGUUCGGUGAGAAACCGGGUUCUUCAUCUGGCGAUUUAGGUCAGUUAGUUGAAGACACCAUUUCUGACACCUACGGUCAAACAUCUGAUGUUGACCGCAAGUCUCGACCCUAA